AUGGCUCCUGCACCUAAGAAGGCCACUGCUACGAAGAAGACUACUUCUCUUACGUAUGAGGACAUGAUUAAGGAGGCGAUUAUCGCCCAUGGACUCGAGGCGCGUCUCGGUCUUGGCCGCCCCACAAUCAAGAAGUACAUCCUUGCUAAGCAUCCCGACACGGGCCGCAUCGCACUUGCGUCGUUCAAUGCACACUUUAACCAAGCCAUCUUGCGCGGCGAGUCGAAAGGCGUCUUUUCCCUUCCCAAAGGCGCGAGCGGCAAAGUCAGGCUGCUUGCUAAAGGCAAGACCGAGGCGAGCGCACCGGCCAAGACUCGUGCGAAAAAGACUGCAGCCAAGAAGACUGCCGCUAAGCCUGCAGCCAAGAAGGCCGCGCCGAAGAAGACUGUUGCAAACCCCGCAACCAAGAAGACUGCCGCAAAGUCCGCAGUCAAGAAGACUGCUGUAAAGCCUGCAGCCAAGAAGACUGCCGCAAAGCCCGCAGCCAAGAAGACUGUCGCAAAGCCCGCAGCCAAGAAGACUGUCGCAAAGCCCGCAGCCAAGAAGACUGCCGCAAAGUCCGCAGCCAAGAAGACUUCUGCGAAGAAGACGGCCAAGCCCACAGCAAAGAAGACGACCGUGAAGAAGGCAACUCCCUCAACGAAGCCAGUCGCAAAGAAGGCAAGCUCCGUGAAAAAGACUGCUUCCAAGGCCAAGACUCCCGCAACGAAGGCUGCUGCCAAGAAGACCGCUAAGAAAUAA